AUUUUAUUAAAAAAAUAAAAAAGAUACCAAGGCUGCUUGAUUUUUAGCACAACCCCCUAAACUCCAAGUCAACAAGAUCCAUUUUACCUCCUCAAAGCACCUUCUAACCUUAUGAACUGGCGAUUUUUAAGAUGGUGAUUUAUGGGUAGCAAAAGCUUCAAGGUUGCUGGAAAGGUUUACACAAGUGUUGCUGACUCGAUGCCUAGCUUUAUCGCCAAUUCAAAUGGUGCAGAGGGGAACACCGGUCAAUCCUCACGAGUUUCUAAUGUUGGACCCCAUGAACAAUCCAUAGGAUUUCGUGGAGGAGCGUACAACUCGACGUCUUUGAUCAAUCAAACCAUGCACCCUGAUCUCCAAUUUAGUUCAUACGAAAAGGUGUUACAAGGACAAAAUAUAUCUCAACCGAAUCAAGUUUCAAACUCCGAUACAUCCACCGAGGACCCCGAUGACAAGAUUCAAAGUUUCGAUGUUGAUCCAUCCAACCCUUUUAUGGCUUCUGGUUCUAAUGACAAACAGAAAGAUAAAUUUCCUGAACAAAAGACACAAAGACGACUGGCUCAGAACCGUGAGGCAGCUAGAAAGAGCCGGUUGAGGAAAAAGGCAUAUGUGCAACAAUUGGAGAAUAGUCGAUUGAAGCUAACUCAACUAGAGCAGGAGGUCCAGCGAGCUCGAAAGCAGGGUGUUGUCAUUUCAAACACGGGUGACCAGUCUCAACCAAACAGCGGGAACGGAUCGUUGGCAUUUGUAGCGGAAUAUUCACGGUGGUUAGAAGAGCAAAGCAAACAUACAAGUGAACUCAGGGCGGCAGUUACUUCACAUAAAAGUGACAGUGAACUCCGUUCGUUAGUGGAAAACGCCACCACACAUUUUAACGAUAUUUUUAGACUAAAAAAAAUUGCAGCAAAAGCUGAUGUUUUCCAUAUUAUUUAUGGAAUGUGGACGUCACCUGCCGAACGGUGUUUUCUAUGGAUCGGUGGUUUUCGUUCAUCUGAACUACUCAAGCUUCUUGUGAGUCACUUGGAACCGCUGACCGAGCAACAAUUAGCAAGCAUUGAUCAUUUACAACAAACGUCAUUGCAAGCAGAAGAAGCGUUAUCACAAGGAAUGGAUGCAUUGCAGCAAUCGUUGGCCGAUACGUUAGCCAGAGAUGCACCCGUGGUCCCACCUGGCUCAUCGGGUAUGGCUAACUACAUGGGUCAAAUGGCUAUGGCUAUGGGCAAGUUGGGCUCACUUGAAAAUUUUCUACGCCAGGCGGAUCACUUGAGGGAAAAAACAUUACAACAAUUGCACACAAUACUUACGACCCGACAAUCAGCACGGGCUUUACUUGCAAUUAACGACUAUUUUUCUCGGCUUCGAGCCCUAAGCACUCUUUGGCUCGCUCGCCCACAAGAGUAAUACAUUGUGCCUUAUAGUAGAGGUAACUUGUUGUGCAAGUAAACAGAAUGUAAUUUCGUGUACAGUAGGUUAUGUAACUCUAAAUCGCAGUGUGGCUGUUAAAAAUAGGUUGCAGCAAUAUUCUCAUUUAGGAUCAAAUAGGAGUAGCAAAAUAAUAAAGUGGAUUGUGUUGUGAUUAUGAUAUUUGAUAUGGUGAAUUCAUGUAUUUUUAGGGAUAUAUUUGUUGGUGGUUUGUUGAUUGUAUAAAGACACAAAUGUCUUUCUUAUGUUUAGAAUGUUUUGCUACA